ACACAACAUAAAGACAGGAGCGGAGAAAGAGAACGCCGCCUAGGCACCAUGGUGCUAAAGCGCAGCAAGAAGGGCCUCAACACGGGGUGCUCUUUCAACGUCAACUUCCCCUUUGCUCGGGCCUUGGCGCACAGUCAGUACUGGGGCGUCCCCGACCAGGAGACGUCGGAAAAUCUGCCAUGUCAACGGACACCAAACACAUUUCACCGUUCCAUAGUUGGAUACACGAGCAAAUCAGCUGAGGCUUGGAGGACAGCUCAGGAUAUGAUAAGCGAGCUUCCCGACGUUUUGGGAGACGAUAUAGAAAUAGAGUUGAACAAAGAUGAAAAUGUUCCGCUGUCUUUGAGCAAGAGAAAAAGCUGGAAGCUAAUUGAAAGUGUUAGAGACAACAUCCACAUACUAGGAAUAUAUUCCAAUUACGAGGUGACCGUAGAGGAACGCAAAAGAACCGGCAAUCGAGUCAAAACAGAAUGCACUAGUUCUCAUGACGUGAAUUGGGAAAGUUUCUUUGACAGUCCUUCCGAGGAAAAUGCAAAGACAGCAGGCAAGCGUGACAAACGAAAACCUGUAUCUACAAAAGAAAUGAGAAAGGAUGCAAGGAGAAAGGAGGCAAUGCAAAAAAGAUCAAUCAGGGAUGCACAAAGAAAAGAAAGCAAUCACAAACAGGGAAAAAGUAUUAUCACAAAUACAAAGCACGAGACGAAGGCGGUCAACCCCUUACAGUUGAGGUACGAAGUCUAUUACCCAGAAACUGUUUGCGCGAAAACCAUGUCUAAAGGCAAGAGUAUAAAGACAGACUACUACAAAGACAAGGAAAAAAGCAAGGGAUGUCGUAACAACUCCAAAAUGUCACUUCGGACUUACUGCCGUAAAUGGAUGCACUUCAACGGAGAUGAUUGGGCAGAAGAAUACGACUGCGAUUGGUCAGAUGAAGAAGUUGCCAUGGACACCAGCGAUAUGGGCAAGGAACUAUUGGACACGCGUUUGGCCAAAGAAAAACAGGAUAAAACGGCGUUAACAAAAUUGCAAAAGGUUAGACAUAGUGAGACAGUGGACAGCAAUACAAAACCUAAAGAUAUACCAAAGAUACAAACUAGUCAAAACAACAAAAUACUCAGUAAUAUUUCAGUUGGUGACCAGUCAACUGAUAAGAUGGAGGACAAUACAACAUUGUGCAAUGGUGGGAAGGGCA